AUGCGGGGCGGUUCUCAGGAGAGCAGGCUAGUGUGCGUGGGCGAGCACGGGGACCAGCACGGAGCGAGCGUGCCGGCGCUGUACCAGAGCACGACGUUCAAGCAGCGGACGCUGGACGGGCAGGCGUACGACUACACGCGGUCCGGGAAUCCGACGCGGACGGUGGCGGAGGGCCAGGUGGGGCGGCUUUACGGGGUGGGGCCGGAGCAGGUGAUGGCGGUGGCGAGCGGGAUGACGGCGCUGGACGUGGUGCUGCGAGCGGUGCUGCGGCGGGGCGGGCGGGGAACGGUGAUUGCCGGGGACGACCUGUACGGGGGGACGCAGCGGCUGCUGGGGCUGCUGGCGGAGACGGGGCAGGCGCGAGUGGUGCACGUGGACACGGCGGACACGGCGGCGUUCUGCGCGGCGGUGGCGGCGGCGGGAGAGGUGGCGUGCGUGCUGCUGGAGUCGCCGACGAACCCGCUGAUGAAGGUGGCGGACGUGCCGGCACUGGUGGCGCACGUGAAGGCGCACGCGCCCGGGUGCCGCGUGGUUGUGGACAACACGAUGAUGAGCGGGCUGAACUGCAACCCGCUGCGGCUGGGCGCGGACUACGUGUACGAGUCUGCGACCAAAUACCUGAACGGGCACCACGACAUCAUGGCGGGCGUGAUUGUGGCGGCCACACGGGCGCUGGCGGAGGAGGCGUACUUCGUGGUGAACUCGGUCGGCGCGGGCCUGGCACCGAUGGACGCGUGGCUGCUGAUCCGCGGGCUCAAGACGCUGAGCCUGCGCCUGUACAAGCAGCAGCACAACGCAAUGGUGCUUGCCCACUGGCUGCGCGAGGUGUGCGGCUUCCGCGCGGUGGGCGGCAACCACGCGCUGCAGACGCGAUUUGUCGGGCUGCGCUCGCACCCGCAGCACAAACUGCACCGCAGCUUCAACCGCGGGCCGGGCGCUGUCUUGUCGAUCCAGACGGGGGACACUGCGCUAUCCGAACGCAUAGUGUGCUCGAAGAAGCUCCAGUUCUGGGGCGUCACCGUGUCCUUCGGCUGUGUCAACUCUCUGAUCUCAAUGCCCUGCCGCAUGUCGCAUGCGUCCAUAGACCCGGAGCUGCGGAAGGCCCGGCAGUUCCCCGAGGACCUGAUACGACUGUCAUGCGGCGUGGAGGACGUGGAGGACCUGCAGCAGGACCUGCUGGCCGCCCUAGAGGACGCUGGCGCGGUGGUAGUGCGUGACGGUGGGCGCACCAUCGUGAACAGGCUCAAUGGCCACAUAGGCACUCAUGUGUCUUCCUCAGAGCAACGCUGCAUCUAUCGUGACUUCUUCGGCGACAGCUCGAACCCUAGCCUAGAGGUGGGGAGCCUCGUUGCCAAACUGUAA